UUCGAAGAGUUUCAUAUUCAUAUUUGACUGAAACUGUUGAAAAAUUAACAUGGUUUGGUUUUGUGUGUUCUUGUGGUGUCUGGUUGGUGCGUUUGGCGAUACAUACGGGCUGAAGUCAGUGUCAGUGAAGGAGGGAGAAUCUGUCACUUUACACACUGAUAGAGAAAUGAGAAAUAAUGAUGUGAUCCAGUGGAGGUUCGGACCGGAAAACAUUUUAAUAGCUGAAAUCAAUGUGGUGGACAGCAGCAUGACUGUAAAUUAUGAUUAUGAUGGACGAUUCAGAGACAGAAUGAAGGUGGACCGUCAAACUGGAUGUCUGACCAUCACAGACACCAGAAUUGAACAUGCAGGGCGUUAUGAACUAAAGAUCAAACUUAUGAAGAAGUUCUUCAUUCUCACUGUCUAUGGCGCGGUUGACGAUGGGGAUGAGAUGAAGUCAGUUCCAGUGAUGGAGGGAAACUCUGUCACUCUACAGACUGAUACUGAAAUGAACAAUGAUCUGAUUCAGUGGAGGUUUGGGAACUAUUUAAUAGCUGAAAUCGUGGAUACGGCCAACGGCAUCACUAUAUAUGAUGAUGUUCUUGAAGGGCGAUUCAGAGACGGACUGCAGGUCGAUGAGAAAACUGGAUCUUUGAGCUUCAAAAACGCCAGACUUGAACACUCAGGAUUUUAUCAACUACAGAGCAACCGUACGAGGAAGGUUUUUACUCUGAGUGUCUAUGCUCCUCUGCCUGUUCCUGUCAUCUUCAGCUACUGUCCUCCUUCAUCAUCGUCAUCAGCAUCCAAAUGUAUGCUGCUGUGCUCAGCGGUGAAUGGGGGUCAGGGGACUCUCUCUUGGUACAAAGAAAACCAUUUAUUGUCCAGCAUCAGUGUGUCUGACCUCAGCAGUCUCUCUCUGCCUCUGGAGAUGGAGUAUCAGGAUCAAAACACCUACAGAUGUGUGCUGAACAAUUCAUUCUCUGAGCAAACUCAACAUCUGGACAUCAGUGAACACUGUCACACAUGUUCAGACUCAGGCCACGGCUGUGAGACUGUUCAAGCUGUGAUCCGAUUGGUCGUCACUGCUCUAAUGGGCGUGGCUGCUGCGGCUGCUGUGGUUGUUCUGUAUUAUGACAUCAGAUCCAGAAGAGCUGAACAGAAUCGAGCACAUCCUUCCAUUUCAGCAAUCUAAAUGAUAUGGUUAUGCCUUUUUAUCAUUUAUAAAUGAUCAUUCAUUUUCAAAGGCUUUGUUUAUCUAUCUGCUCGUAUCAAUGUUGAUUUAUCAGCAGUUCAUUUUCACCCUAGAAGAUGAAUUGAGAACAAAAUACAGAGAUCAGGGUGGGGGUUAGGGCAAUUGGUAACAGUUAACCAGGGUGUUAUGGAGAUUUCUGGGAGAUAUGUGUCAUGUUCUUUAACAAUCUGCCUGGAGUCAUAGAUGGUGUGAUCUAUGAUUCCCCCUCUCAGAGGAAGAAAUCUGUUUAAGUUACAACUGUGACAAUCGCUUCUUUCACACAGUAAUACCAGCAAAUUGCUGUAAAAUUAUUGGGAUGACUUAACCGGAAAAUUUUUAAAAAUGUGCUGUUCACACAGGCAACAACAUAUUUUUUCUGGUAAAGCACCAUUCACGCAUCGAUUUCAAAUUACCUUUUUUUGGUCCAGUAACAUCAUAUUUGAUGAAUUCAUACCAAAAAUCUACACAGCAUUGAAUAAAUGCAUCAUCUGCAUCAGAAUGUUAUGAUUGGCCAAGAGCCACUUAAGUUUUAAUUUGGAUUGGCCCGGAGUAGACGUUUCACGUCAGCACGGUCUGAACAUGAACGUUCUUAUACCGAUAAAUUUCAAUCUUCGUUUACACACAUCACAAUUCCAGCAAUUUCCUGGUAAUGUUACAACUUCUCAUCCUGGUAAAUUGCCAGAUUCAAUUUACCGGAACUGCUUGUUAUUGUGGCAACAUUUCUAUGCUCCUAAACACAAAGCGGUGCAAAACAAAACGUGACUGGUUGCUUUGCCUGUCUGUCAUAUGGCAUGCAAGACUAAUUGAGCUCUGGCCAUAUUAACCAGUAAUUUAUUUUCCAGCAAGUUAUGACUGGUUCAUUAUAGUCCCACAUCUGGUCACAUCUUUUUCCUUCAGCAAACAUCGCAUUAUCAAUUAAAUCAGCAGCAAGAGUCAAAACUAGUCCACAGUUUAGCAAAUGUUGGCAACCUCUGUAAGUUAAUCUUGAUUAUGCUUUAUUGAAUGCUUUGAUAUCAUGUAAUAAGGUAGGAAAUUGUUUUGAAACUUAAGCCCUAUCCAUAAGAAUGCAGUUUUUUUUUAAAUAGCAGCUUUUUCUAUGUGUUUCUUUUCUUGAACGUGUAAAUUGACAAAUUAAUCUGCGGAUCAUGUGCGUGCCGAACAGGCCUACAUAUCACGGAUCAACUGAUGUGACAGAUCAGAGCAGAAAUUAUCUUUCAUUCACGUCUUUUUCUUCAACGGUUCGUCCACAUGCAAAUGCCACACAAGGUCACUGAAACUGCACAUUUUUUAAAACGCCUGCCAGAGUCAAGAUUUUCAAAAACUCGGUUGCAAUGUUAUCAUGUAGACAACAAAACUGGAGUUUUUGGCUUGUGAUGUCGGUGCCUACACUGUUAUCUCCGCCUACUGGAAACUUUUUUUGUGUGUAUUUUUAUAUAGCUCUUUAUAACCCUGUAUUAGACUGUGUAUCUGUAGGCCAGCAGGUUCCAUGUGCGAUUUGACCCCAACAUUUAUUGAGUUUAAAAUUAAAAAAUAUGUAAACAUUAAAAUAAAUAU